AUGUCUCCAGAGUAUGCAAUGGAUGGGUUGUUUUCAGUAAAAUCAGAUGUCUUCAACUUUGGCGUUUUGGUGCUAGAUAUUGUGAGUAGGAAGAAAAAUAGAGGUUUUUAUCAUCCAGAUCACUACCACAACCUUUUUGGUGAUGCAUGGAGACUCUACAAAGAAGGUAGAUCAUUGGAAUUGAUUGACGAGGCUCUAUGGGACUCAUGUUACCUAACUGAAGUGUUGCAAUCAAUCCACGUGGACCUUUUAUGUGUGCAACAAUCUCAAGAGGAUAGGCCAAGCAUGUCAUCUGUAGUUCUGAUGUUAGGUAGUGAAGGUGCAUUGCCUCAGGCCAACAGCUUGGCUUCUUCACCGAAAGAAAUGUUCUUGAGGCUGCUGGUUCUUCAAGCAAGGAAGCAACAACUUCAGCCAAUGAAAUGCCCAUUGCUCUAUUAA